AUGGGAAACGAAAUUUCCGCUACGAACUCAAUAGCAUACUAUCAGAAAGAAAUAUGUGGUGGAGAGGAUGAGGAAGAAGAUAAAAUCCCAAUAUUUAAGCUAAACAAGAUCAGACUUAUGGAAAAUCACGAUAUUGAAGAAAAUUCAAUAGUUUUCUUAUACACAUUAGACAGAGAUCAAGAUGGAUAUGUUAAUAAAUCUGAUAUUGAAAAAUUCAUACGAUUUUUACAAAGUGCACAAUUAGAUCCAAACGAUUGCGAUUUUGGAUAUAAAUGUGGCGCCUAUUGCACGGAAACGUUAUGUAAAAUACUGAUAGAUCAAAAUAAAGAUGCUCUGAAAGACUGGGUUAUGAUUGCAAUUUCGACUUCUUUUCAAGUUUUGGAAUCUGAUGAAAUUAAAUUCAUUGAUGGCGAUGCUGUCAAAAGGUUAUACGAUCUUCUACAAAUUCAACAGCUUUGUGGCAGAAAUUUCCAAUGGGUUUUAGAUAUGCUUCAAAGACAUGCAGAAGCUAACCUGAAAAUGAACCUUAACGAUCCAGCAUUUGAUGAUUUAGUUCCAAUUGAUACUGUUAUUAGUCUUGUUCAGCAAAUCACUAAUGGAAUGAUCGAGAGCUAUUCUGCUUUAACAAAGCAUUGA